GCUGUCAGACUAGUCGAAUGAGCAAUGAAAUGAGUAAAGCAGUCGAAAUUUGUAUUCUUGGUGAAGGUGAUAAAGUAUAAAAUUGCUAAACCUAUGUAAUGUUUGUGUUUAUCAAAACAUACCGGCCACCCACCGACCCCCUGCCGCAGUAUGAGUCACUUGAUUGUGUCUUGAAUUUGGGAUUUCAACAUUUUUUGUAAUCUAGCUCGCACCUAGCGGGCAGCUAGUCAAUCAGUACAGCUUUGUCUGUUCUAUUGAUAAGUUCAGUGCCGUAAUAUUUAUAGAGGAGCGUUGUCAAACACCGUUGACCAUCAUGCCGUCACUGCUGUUAGAAGGGGACACACUCGGCGAGAAGCGCCGACACUUCAACAAACUUGUCGCAGACGCAGUCGCUACCAAUCAUUAUGAACUAACGCCAAUCAGUGACACAGACAACGACAUAGACAACCUUCUGAAAAUAGAAAUCGCGUGUAAAGCCAGAAAUGUAGACUACGUCAUCGAAGUAAUGAAAUCCAAAGACAUGCUGUAUGCGGCGACAGCUAUUAAAAAGUCCACGUGGCUAAUCACCGACCCGCAGUACGCAAACAUCAUCAACCCUGAGUACCUACACACACAACUAAAACCUUACAUGACCACCAAAGCAUUUAACAAACUCUUGCUUCACAUUAGACUCAAUCUGAAAGAUGAAACUCGAGUUGAAGCCUUUUAUGAACACUUUAAAAAAGCAAGAAACGCCGACAAAUGGCUGCAGAACUGUUCCAUACCUUUCAUUGAAAAUGCCAUAAGCUUUUGUGUAUCCAUAUGGCUUUUCAAGCGUUUGAUUAAAAAGUCUGCUCAUUUUCUUACAUUUGACACGAUUAUUGAGGGCGGCAGACAUAAGCGACAACCAGCGUAUCUGUCAAUGUUAAAAUCACGAACUGCAGAUGUAUUAGAUAUUUUGGAAGACACGUCAAGAAAAUUAUUUAUUGUUGAAAUGGGGAAAAAAAGAUCGGAAUUUCUAAUGAAAACAUGUCCUCAAAGGGUUUUAGAAAACAUUGAAAUGUACCGCUGUACGAUCGAUAUGUCGAUAGUAGCUAGAUAUAUGAACAAAAACGAAAUAAAGAAAUUUCUUUGCGAAAAAGGAAGUACUAUGGGAUAUUAUCAGGAUUAUAAAAUAUUGAUCAACUUCAUAAAAAAUAUGCGGGAAGAAGAAAGAGUCAACUUCAUUCAGAAAUCGUUCAUCGAUAGAACUGAAACGUUAAUUGAUAAAAAUGAUAUGAGUUUCAUUGAUAGUUCAAUUCGUACUUAUCAAUGGUAUGAGUUUUACCCGUUUGACAUUGCAUUUCCUAAAAUGAGUAACUUAAUACGGAAAGAAAUUUCGCCGUCUGAACGAUGUGCCAUGCUUUCUGUUUUGAUAAGCAGUGCAAAAACCGAUACAAAACACAUGAAGUCGUUGUUAACGUUCGUAGUUGAAAAACACAUGAAUAUUCCUUUCAAAUUCAAAAUAGACUUUGUAAACAAUCUGCUUUCAAACGUUUCUACUCACAAGUUGGAUGAGGCAACUUGGAACAUUUUGGAUCAAAUAUUUCACAGUAUGGACGUAUACACUGAAUCAGAGAACGACGUACAACUGUGCCUGGAAGCUAUAAUUGUGCGCAAAGUUUUGAACGAUGAACCUGUACCAGAAGUCGUCGAGCAAAAGUGCACUUUUAGUUCAUAUAAAAAUGUUAUUAAAACUUUAAGUGAAGAAGAAAAAAGUAAAUUAUUUAAUUAUGUUCUAAAUUGCAUGAUGGCAAAAGCAAAACGCGCAGGGUUUGCUAAUGAACCUGCUUUUCGUGAAACUUUACACGUGAUAGAAAAUGUGCUUACAUUGUUAAAAGAUUUUAAUAAAACACUCAAUGAUUUUCCAUUAGUCAUCGAAAAAAUCCAGGAACUGGUUAAAACAAAGGAAGAGAACAAGUGGACCACAGACAUUUCAUGCUUAUACAAUGUGAAUAAAUCAUGGCGCAAAUACAUGUUUGAGGAGUCGCUGUCACUCUCUUUGUGCGAGGAAACGUGUCUGAACGCUCUGAAGCACAAGCCACAGCUGCUGACGCGUCACGACAAACAAAUACACACGUUGCGAACUAACGACACAGUCUCACUGCGGCGUGUGCUCGCGAAGCUGCGCGUCUACUGGCCGGACUCACUCGCCCGACACUGGGCAGAUGCUUACAUGGAAUGCUUAAAUCAACCAACGGGACAUGCCGCUGUCAUUAAAGGUCUUUUCGUAGUUUUGUCCCGAAAUCAAAUCAUAGACUUUGCAAAAAAAUAUGUACCUGAGAAUUUUAAAAUAAAUUGGGGUCUUACUGACCACACCGACAUUAACAUACGAACAAAUAUCGCUAAAUAUCUACACCUUGCUAGGCCACUCGUUCCUUUGGAUACAAUACUGUGGUAUGCUAAUGGUGAUUACGUACGAUAUGCGAUACAGUCGUAUAUUGAAAUUUGGUCCACUUUGAGUGAAGUUGACAGUCUGAAGAAUUUACCAAAACUAUACCAUGCGCCAGUGAGUCUAUUAAAAUUCGUACUCAAGCAGGCGUUUUUGAAAUUAAAUACUACUGAAGUCAUAAACGUCUUUUGGAAAAUUUGGAAAUCUACUAAGAAUUCAGCAGUCAAAUCAAUUAUUUUUGGUCACACUUCCUACGAAAUGCAGACAUAUUAUGACAAUGAAACAGUUCAAAACGAGUUGUGGAAGUUACUAAACAUGUUUAUAGAUGACUUACUUAUAGAAGAUGGAAGUACAGAAAUUUGUAAAACAUUAACUAAUUUUUAUAGUAUUCCCUAUGAAAAACGACCAGAAUAUUUUAUGAAGAUUUCUCGUUAUUUGAUGUCGCUACCCGACAGUGAAAACUUUUUAUAUGAAUUAUUGUAUUUUGGAUUUAAUCAUAUGGAUUCAUUUGAUGAAGAUUUUGUCGUAAAUUUAUUGUUAUCUCCUGUAGAAACCAGAUUUUUUUCUUCUCGUACUUGGAUGAUUUAUUGUUUUGUAAAUUUCUUAUUAUAUGGUAAAAGCGAGGAAAAUCAGCUUGAAAGAUUUAAAAAAAUUGCACCAGCAUUCGACAAAGUAUUUCAGAAUUGGUAUAAAUUAAGUUCAUCCAAGGAAAAUUUCGAAUCAUUCUUACUUACUGCUACUCGCCAUUUGGUAACAGAUUAUGGUAAAGUAAUACCAUUACCUACUAAUCUGUUCGCAGAAAUAGAAUCUAAAAUGGUAAAUGGUUUGUCAGUGUUAGAAAACUAUAAAAUGCUUACCAGCUGGAGGCUAAUAACAGCUUAUGUUAAAAUAAUAAAACUAAAUAAACAAAGUCUUGAAGAGGAAAACGUAGGUCAUUACAAUGAUUGGGAUAUCUCUCUUUUAUUCAGUCCUAUUAUAUUACAAUAUUUAAAGGAGGACACAGAUAAAUAUGGUCCAAUGAUACAUCAUUUGUUUGCGGCCGCGCUAGACGAAAUGUUUAAAAUGUUGUUUAUACGUGAAAGUGUAAUAGCGGAGACCUUGAGACACGUGUUGAUUGAUGAUGACUUCCUUCCUGCAUAUUUGGUUGUAUCUAAAAUUAUGCCGAAACUUCCUUCUGAUGAAACAAAAUGUGCACGUUCAGAAAUAUUUCAGAAAAUUAAAUCAAAUGAAUCGAUAUCAGUACAUGUACAAUUUAACAACGAUUUUCGUGAGUACGUGGAAGAUUAAAGUGUUUUUAGAGUACAUUACUGCUUCAGUCGAUUCAAUUUCAAUUAAAAUUCUUUAAAAUAGAGUUUUAAUGUACCUGUAUUUAUAAAAUCACUUGUAUUGAAUUCAUGUUUUUUUUUGUCUUGUAGUAUUUUUACAGGCCUCAAAGUCCGAAAUCAAAUCAAAGAAUUAUUAAAAAACGUGUGUUGGAUUUUAUUAAGUAAUUAUAUUGAACCAAGUCAAUCUGUAACGAUUUUACACAUUUUUACAACGCUUUUAUUGGCACAAAGCGUCUAUUAAAGUGAGCUGGUCGUAUUAUAUGUAGUUCAUUUUUCACUGUUAACUAAAUAUUUUACAAUGUUGGCCUGAAAAUUACAUAAUUAUUUUUACUCUAUCUAGUAGUGAGUGAGCUACUUUUUACUUUAAAGUAAAAAAAUAUAACCUAAAACUCAUACCGCCUCGUAGAUUUCGCUUCGACUCCUGGGUUAGGUAAAGUAUUAUUGGAUUGUUUAAAAUUAUAGAUUUUAAUGUUAUUAGUUUACGAAAUCUUGACACGUUCCCUAUAAGAUUUGACUCGAAACAAAUGUUUUGGGUACAUUUGAUAAGAGUUGGUGAAAGUAACCUACACAUCAUAAUUAUUAGAUAUGUUUGUACAUUCCUGUCAACCGCUUUAGGGAAUAAGAGGCGUAAUGUUAUUUAUGUAUGUGUAAGAUAAAACAUUACGUUUACAGCUGACCAUCAUGUCGCCGUUAACACUUGAAAGAGACACACUCGGCGAGAAGCGCCGACAUUUUAACAAACUUGUCGCAGACGCAGUCGCUAGCAAUCAUUAUGAACUAACGCCGACUAGUGACACAGACAGCGACAUAGACAACCUUCUGAAAAUAGAAAUCGCGUGUAAAACCAGAAAUGUAGACUACGUCAUCGAAGUAAUGAAAUCCAAAGACAUGCUGUAUGCGGCGACAGCUAUUAAAAAGUCCACGUGGCUAAUCACCGACCCGCAGUACGCAAACAUCAUCAACCCUGAGUACCUACACACACAACUAAAACCUUACAUGACCACCAAAGCAUUUAACAAACUCUUGCUUCACAUCAGACUCAAUCUGAAAGAUGAAACUCGAGUCGAAGCCUUUUAUGACCACUGUAAUGAAUUUAGAAGCAAAGAAAAAUGGCUGCAGAACUGUUCAGUGCCGUUUAUUGAAAAUGCUAUAAGUUGUUAUGUAUCACUAUGGUUUUUCAGACGUCUAUGCAAAAAGUCUACUCAUUUUCUCACAUGCACAUCGUUUGUUGACGGCAAAAGAAGAAAACGAGGUGCUGUAUAUCUGACGAUGUUAAAAUCAAGAACUAGAGACAUAUUGAACAUUAUAGAAGAUAAAAAUUCAAAACUCUUUGUAACUGAAAUGGGAAAAAAGAGAACAGAAUUCCUUAUGAAAACAUGUCCACUAAGGAUUUUAGAAAAUAUUUAUAUGUACCGCUGUACGAUUGAUAUGUCGAUAGUAGCUAGAUAUAUGAACAAAAA